GCUCUUCCGCUUAGCUUAGCUAAGCUGUUUACCAUGGCGGAGGCAGAUCGAUACCUGUGGACCAAGUCUCUCUCCAACCUUCCUAAAUUGUCCUACGACGACGUCCUAAGGAUAGUAAAUCAGCACUCACGUGUCGAAACAUCGAAACUACGUAAAGGAUAUAAGUUCUUCUGGGAGAAGUACAUUUUUAAUUACAGAGUCUAACAAUGAGGCAAGGAGGCGCAGGAGAAGGGCACUGCUGAAUAAAACGGCAGUUGCGGUAAUAUUACAGCAGCAGGAGGCGCGCUAUGUUGACCUUAGGGGUCAGUAUUGUCAGCUGAAUGACAAAACCCCAGCUGUUUCCCUUUUUUUUGGUGACGGCGACCUAAAGAAAGACUUCCGUCUUUCUAGGGAGUCCGUGAAUGCCCUUGUGGAGGCCCUGGUGGAUGAGCACAUCCAUGGCUGGGGGAGAGAACUGGAGGUGGCAGUUUUUCUAUACUGGCUGCCUGGCCAGUGCCACCUCCUACAGAGUGGUCUCUGAGGCCUUUGAUGUGCCUCUUUCCACCGUCCACAUGAUUGUCCAUCGGGUUGCAAAGGGAAUACUGCAGAUCUACACAAAGGCUGUAUGUUUCCCGUCUGAGGCUGAGCUGGAGGUCAUCGGAGCGGGGUUCGCCCAGCUGGCUGGUUCACCUGCCUUGAACCGUGUGGCUGGGAGCAUUGACUGCAGCCACAUUAGAAUAAAGCCUCCUGGGGAAUACAAGGAGGAUUAUUAUAAUAGAAAGUUGUUCCAUUCAAUUCAGCUGCAGGCCAUUUGUGACCAUAAAGGGCGCUUCCUCAAUGCUUUUGUUGGCCUUCCUGGCUCGGUCCAUGAUGCCCGGGUGCUCAGGUGGAGCUCUGUGUAUGUGCAGCAGCUGUACCCACCACCUGGGUGGUGCAUCAUAGGCGAUGGAGGCUAUCCUUGCCUUGCUACCCCCAUCUGCCUGAUGACCCCGUUCCGGGAGCCAGUACAGGGCCCCGUACAGGCCAGGUACAACAAGCACCUGUCAAAGGCAAGGUGUGUUGUGGAGAGGGCCUUCGGGAUGAUGAAGACCAGGUGGAGAUCCAUCUUUCUGAAGGCCCUUGAGGUAAAGUCAACCUUUGCCCCAGUGGUGGUGUCCUGCUGUGUCUUCCUCCACAACUUGUGCCUAUCAAAUGGAGACUUUGUGGAGCCAGGAGACUUUCCACAGGAUCUCCCCGACAACAAUGAAAUGCAACAUGCUGUGGAACCAGGGGACAACAUCAGGCGCAGACUGGCUGCUGCUGUCUCUGCACCAAAUGCCUGCAUAGAUGCACUGAGAGAUCAUGUGUACUGAACAUGGUCUGCACCCUGGAGACUCAUUUGUAAAUAGUUAAAUAGUAUACCUGUAUAUAGUUCUUUGCUUUUUCCUAGUGUUGUCUUUUGUCUGUGUAUGCCCCAUGUUCCGUCUUUUGUGUUUUAUUAACCUUGUCCUGUCUUACUAACAAUUAUAUUCACAACUUGUUCAAUAAAAAUGAUUUGUUAUAACUAAA